GGAAAUUCAACUGGGUAAUGAACACAGCCGUUUACACGGGUCUUGACUAAUUUAGAUAAUAAUACAUUCCUCCAAGAUUUCCAAACACAAAUUAAGAUUGUUCUCAAUCACUCUGCCAUCGUCGCAAUACUCCAUCAAUCACCAAAGCAGCUUCAAUUCCUGCUUCUCUUGAUCUCUUCUUUCCUUUAACCUAUUCAGCAACUCCAUCAAGCUUUUAAUUUUUUUCUCUAGGGAGGUGCUUAUAUCAAACAUAAACUCUGAAUCUUAGAAGAAAUGCUUAUAUCGAUCGACCAUCAACACAUCCGACUGACCAAGAGAUGGAGCUGAUUAAUAAUAAACUGGAUCGACGGCGGGGGUCUACGCAUAAUUCUAGCUCCUUGAGUUUCGAUUUCUGUUCGACUCUCAGGAAAUGAAGAUAGGAGUCAUAGGACUAGUCCUUGGGAUGGGUAUUGGUGGAUGUGUUAUCUUGAUGGUUGGGUUUGUUUUCCUUUGCUUCUCGUCGAGGAAAAAGAGAGCAACAGAAGAAUCUGCUGAUACAAAUCCUAUGUUUGAUGAAUUUAAUGACGUUGAACUUGAGAUGGAUCAAAUUCCCAGGAAAUUUUUGUACAGUGAGUUAGCUCGCGCAACCAGAAAUUUCGCUGACAGAGAAAAAGUUGGCGAGGGAGGAUUUGAUGGAGUUUAUAGAGGCUUCAUAGAAGACUUGAAGUCAUAUGUUGCCGUUAAGAGAAUAUCCAUAGAGUCUAGCCAAGGACUAAAGGAGUAUGAAGCUGAAGUGAAGAUCAUCAGUCGUCUCCGGCAUCGAAAUCUUGUGCAACUCAUUGGUUGGUGCCACUACGAAGGACAACUCCUACUAGUCUACAAGUUCAUACCCAACGGCAGCUUGGAUUCUCAUCUAUACAAUGGAAACAGCUCGUUGACAUGGGAAGUAAGAUAUAGAAUUGCUCUAGCAUUGGCGUCUGCGUUGUUCUAUCUACACGAAGAAUCAGUGCGAUGUGUGCUGCACUGGAAUAUUAAAUCCAGUAACGUCAUGCUGGAUUCGAAUUUCAACGCCAAACUCGGAGAUUUUGGGUUAGCACGAUUCGUGGACCAUGAAAAAGAGCUGCAAACAACUUCCCUGAGAGGAACUAUGAGCUACAUGGCUCCGGAAUAUGUUAUUACGGGGAUGGCUAGCAAGAGAACGGAAGUCUACAGCUUUGGAAUAAUUUGCUUGGAGAUUGCCUGCGGAAGAAAACUCAUCGAUCUCAAGUCUGUCAAUAUGGUCGAUUGGGUUUGGCAGCUCUAUGAAGAGAAGAAGGUUACUGAAGCAGCCGACCCAAAACUGUGUGGAAAUUAUGAUGAGAAACAAAUGGAGUGUUUGAUGAUUGUUGGGCUGUGGUGUGCUCAUCCCGAUUACAAAAUGAGGCCUUCGAUACAACGGGUAAUCCAAGUGCUUAAUUUCGAGAUUCCAUUGCCCAUCUUUCAAUCCAAGACGCCGGUGGCAACCAAUUCUACAUGAAAUUCAUCUAGAUUUUUUUAAUUUUUUGUUUCCUUUUCUGGAGAAAGAAACGACUGUUUACGCUUUAAAA